AUGAGAUUUACACAAUAUCUUAAACAAAUUCCGAAAGUUAAUGUUCAAGAUGUGAUAAUUAGAGCAUCUGGUACUAAUUUACCAACUGGUUUAGCUGGAAUAUACAAACAUCCAAAUCCAAGACCUGCUUUAGUUGCAUUAUACAAUGAAACAAUCAAAAUUUUAAAUGAUAAAUUUCCAAAAGAUUCAAUAUAUAAACAAUCAGUUGAAAAUUUAACUAAAAAUAGAUUAAAAAUUGUUGAAAAUGAAGAAAUUACAGAAAAUAUAGAAAAUAAAAUUGGUGGUGGAUUAAUUGAAGAAAUUAUUAUACAAGCAAAAGAAGAAUUAGAUUUAGCUCAUGAAUUAUCAGCAUUAAAAUGUUGGGAAGAAUUAGAAGAAAAACCAUUGGAUGACCAAUGGGUUUAUUUUGGAAAGAAGAUUUAG